UUGAUUUGUCGGUGUUCAUCCUGAGAAAAAAAUGUGUGUCGGCUGGGGGUAUCUGGCGGGAAAGAGAGGCUGGGCAAGGUUGGUCGCUGCUUCCGCCUCAGUUUGGUCUCAGCUUGUGUAGUGAGCGGGUCGUGCUCUCCGUCCUCCCGCGCCCUCCCACACAUUCUCUUCUAUGACUUUACCCUUAAUAAUUGGAUUUAACGACUCGUGAAGAUGAUAUUUAGCAAUUACAUGGCUAAUGCCGCCAAAACGUACAAUCACUGGACAUAAUUAAAUACGCUAACCAGAUAUUACGCUGAUGUUUUCACAUCAAUUGCCAUGACAUUUACAGGGUUUAUAAGCAAAUCAAAACCCAGAAGAAAAAUGUUAGUUAUAAUACGUUGUGUAUAUGAUGGAAUUGUUCAACUGGAAGAGCAUCGAGUUGAGAGAUGAGGGUUCGAUACCCUUACAAUGCGUUAAUAUUUCCUCAUUGAUAUACCACAUUCUCGUGAUUUUUACGUGGAAAACGUUGUUGCAUAACUAUAUAUAACAAAAGUCAAGAAGAGAUCUGCUAGAUAAAAAUAAAUCAAAUAUAUAUACUUAUAGAACAAAUAUACAGUGAUCAGCUAGCAUUUGUUUUUGUCGACUAAAGGGCGGUGAUUUAUAUAUUCUGGGUGUCGCCAAGAACGAUUUAAGGAGCCAGCUUCUGUGGGUGUAGCCAGGUGCAGCCUCUGAUACACUGACACCCAGGCCUCAGCACUCCCUGCCUCCCUGGGGUAACCAGAGUGCUGGGAACUCCCUUCGGGCUCACCAUAGCCCGUGCUACUUGGAACUUUUUGUCCCAGGUAGCAAAUCUUAAACAACAGCUGGGAACUCUCCACUACUGCCACGAUGUUGGCGAUCAAGAAAUACUUCACCUCCAAGAAGCGAAGGAACUCUGCGGAAUAUGGGACUGCUGGAGGUGGAGGCUUGUGCACAUGUCCUCAAGUGGGUGGGGAUGGGAGGCGGCCCUCUGAGAAGGACCACCUAUCCCUCCCUAGCCCGUCCCUCCUUAGGCACUCCCAAGGGGCCUCCGCCAGGCAGGAUAAGGAUGUCGAGGUUCCGAGAUACCAGCGCCAUCGCUACCGCCGGAGCAUCAGCUUGGGGCAGAUAUUACAGAGCUCUGAUGGGUCUUGUAGCGAGGGCGUGACCGCCUCCAGUGGACCCUACUACUGCCGGCCACAGGCUGACGCUGAUACCAACGGCCGCGCCUCCCCAGACUCACUCAAUGAGACCUAUACUGACGGCUACGGCCGCGAACUGAGCGACUUCGAGAAAGAAAACCUGCUCUUCCUGAAGGAACUGGACAACAGCUACCACAGGGCGCUCUCUCAUAGUCUGAGCAACACCAGCUUGGGCUCCACCUUCUCCGAGGACUCUCUGGCAGGAGACUCCACCCCGAGAGGCGGAAGCCCUUACCCUGGUCGUCGCGAGUAUCCACGAACUGCCUACUCCCCCUCUAAGACCUCGCCCUCCAAAAUCAUCCGCUCCAUCUCUAGGGAGGAGGACGAGGACGAUCUCUCUGAGGACGAGGUCAGACGAGACUCAAGAGGAAAAAACCAGAGCAGUUUUAAACGGAAGAUCUCUCUACCUAUCUUCAUGGGGCGAGGCAGCACCAGUGACUCUUCAGCGCCCUCUAGCGUGUGUAGUCUGCCCAGUUCUUCUGCCUGGUGGACUAGUAGGCCGGCUCCACCCCCGCCCCACAGGAAGCUCUCCUCCAGUCACUCCACUCCAUUCUCCUCUGCUAGCGAGGCCAAGAUGCUCCUCUCCAAUCGGAGCUUCUCCCCAAUCAGCCAAUCAUCAUCGAAGAACACAGCAGCCAAUAAGAGCUCUUCGUCGUCACAGAAGAGGCCGUGGUCGAGGUCCUGGAAUCCCUCGACCAAUAGCGAUGCUCUGCUGAAUAAUUGUAAAGGUAAGUGUGUAUUGAUUGUUGGAUUGCCGUUAGUACCAACAGACACCGCCAAUGUAGAUGACACAAAAACAUCUUCUCAGGGAUGUCAAGAUGUAAAACACAUCAACGAUCCCCCUGGAAACUACCUUAUCAUCAACGGUAAAAGCCAGGAUACAGAGGCGUCAACAGAGCCAGGAUACAGAGGCGUCAACAGAGCCAGGAUACAGAGGCGUCAACAGAGCCAGGAUACAGAGGCGUCAACAGAGCCAGGAUACAGAGUCAACAGACCCAGGAUACAGAGGAUUCAACUGACCCAGGAUACAGAGAAUUCAACAGACCCAGGAUACAGUGAAUUCAACAGACCCAGGAUACAGAGAAUUCAACAGACCCAGGAUACAGAGGAUUCAACAGACCCAGGAUACAGAGGAUUCAACAGACCCAUGAUACAGAGGAUUCAACAGACCCAGGAUACAGAGAAUUUAACAGACCCAUGA